GCUCAGGCAUGGACUCCCUACGGUGCGUGCGCCUCCCGUGUCCCAUGACUGACGGAGUCUGCGUCCUGUACCCCGGCGGGCACCUGCAAAUGUGAAGGAGGCGGUCCACGAACUGGUGUUGCAGGCCCGGGGAGUGCUAGCGGGUCCAGCGUCCAGCGGAGAAGAUGAACGGCCCCAGCGCCAGGUCCAGCCACCUGUCGCAGCCAGUGGUGAAGAGUGUGCUGGUGUACCGCAAUGGGGACCCCUUCUUCGCCGGGCGCCGUGUCGUCAUUCAUGAGAAGAAGGUGUCCAGCUUCGACGUCUUCCUCAAGGAAGUGACGGGCGGCGUGCAGGCGCCCUUUGGGGCCGUUAGGAACAUCUACACCCCGAGGACCGGCCACCGCAUCCGGAAACUGGACCAGAUCGAGAGCGGGGGCAACUACGUGGCUGGGGGCCAGGAAGCCUUCAAGAAGCUCAAUUACUUGGACAUAGGAGAAAUCAAGAAAAGACCAAUGGAAACUGUUAAUACUGAGGUGAAGCCAGUCAUCCACAGCAGGAUCAAUGUGUCUGCUCGCUUCAGGAAAUCGCAGCACGAGCCUUGCACCAUUUUUUUGAUUGCAAAUGGAGACCUCAUAAACCCAGCUUCUCGACUCCUCAUCCCUAGAAAAGCUUUGACUCAGUGGGAUCACAUACUGCAGAUGGUCACAGAGAAAAUAACUCUUCGGAGUGGGGCUGUCCACAGGCUUUAUACUUUAGAAGGAAAACUGGUUGAGAGCGGGUCAGAGCUGGAGAAUGGACAGUUUUACGUGGCCGUUGGCAGAGAUAAGUUUAAGAGACUACCUUACAGUGAGUUACUUUUUGACAAGUCAGCAAUGAGAAGGCCUUAUGGUCAGAAAGCGUCUUCACUGCCUCCCAUGGUUGGAUCGAGGAGGUCUAAAGGGAGUGGAAAUUAUCGCCAAUCUAAGUCAACCAUCGGUUCCAGCGAUAACUCAUCUCCUCAGCCUCUGAAGAGGAAAGGGAAGAAAGAUUCAAAUUCAGAAAAAACCACAAAAGUGAAACAAAAUGUGAAGCCGAAGGAUUCCCCAAAAGCAGUCCUAAACAAUGAUGAAGGCAUUUUUAAAGCUGGAGCAGAGAGAUCUGAAACCAGGGGGGCAGCAGAAGUCCAAGAAGAUGAAGACACACAGGUUGAGGUUCCAGUUGACCAGAGGCCAGCAGAAAUAGUUGAUGAGGAAGAAGAUGGCGAAAAAACAAACAAAGAUGUCAAGCAGAAAGAAGACUUCUCAACAAUGAAUGGUGACGCUGAAGAUGGAGAGGGUAGUGAGGCUGCUGAUGCUCCUAAGCAAGAGAAGGAAAUCCCAGACCAUGGAGAGGAGAAGGCAAGUUCCUCUCGGGUAAACGGUGUCACUGAUGAAGAGAAUGGUGAGGAACUGGACCAGGUCACUGAGGAGCUUCAACCAGCAGUGGAUGAGGAAGGAAAGACUGAAGGAGACAACAGUGGACAAGAUGAGGCUGACUUAGAUGCCCAAAGACCACCAAGACCAGAAGUGACAGUCACCAGUCCUCAAGAAAAGGAAGAGAAUGAACAAAACAAGGACUCUUCUGCUGUGGCAUAGAUGCUUUUAAAGCAGGAACUAGAUGGGAUGUAAGAGCAUGCAGGGAUGUAAUACUUGAGUAAUGAACACAGCAUCUCUGUUAGGCAGAAUGUGUUAUUAUGGUGGGACACUACCUGCUGGAUUUUAAAAAUAGAAGAUAAAUGGAAGGUUAGGUAAUUUGUAGCUCAAAACAGAAUGGCUUAUGUUUAUGACAGAUGUUUAAAAAUACCUUUAGAAGAAUCAAAUAAGAGAGACAGAGAGGAUAUGUACCUUAAGAUAGUUGACAACCUGCAUUUGUAAAGGAGAAAGACAUGGGCUAGCUCCCAUUGGAUAUAUUAUUAUAGACUUGGAAGCAAGAGUAUUGGCAGCUUGUUCUAAAGCAUUUAUCUAGGAACAUAUAGACUUUUAAAGAAUUGAUAAUAGGAAAAUAUGUAUUAUGUUCUUAAAGCAAUAAACUGUUGAUUGAACCAAUUGCAA